GUGUAACCUGCGGGUGGCGGGUCUCUCUCUUGGGCCCUCAAGACACUUCGUCCCCAACAUCACCUUCGGCCACCCCGUCGUGGAGAGCCUGCGCAAGCAGCUGGGACAGGAGCCCUUCUUCGACAUGCACAUGAUGGUCGCCAGGCCCGAGCAGUGGGUGAAGCCGAUGGCGGUGGCCGGCGCAAACCAGUACACCUUCCAUCUGGAGGCUACCGACAACCCCGGGGCCUUGAUAAAAGACAUUCGGGAGAACGGGAUGAAGGUUGGCCUGGCCAUCAAGCCCGCCACUACAGUUGAGCACUUGGCACCUUGGGCCAAUCAGAUAGACAUGGCUUUGGUCAUGACAGUAGAACCUGGAUUUGGAGGGCAGAAGUUUAUGGAAGACAUGAUGCCAAAGGUUCAGUGGUUGAGGACGCAGUUCCCCUCGCUGGAUAUUGAAGUGGAUGGAGGAGUUGGGCCUGACACCAUCCAUAAGUGCGCAGAGGCAGGUGCAAAUAUGAUUGUAUCUGGCAGUGCUAUUAUGAAGAGCGCAGAUCCGAGAUCUGUGAUCAAUCUUCUAAGGAAUGUGUGUUCAGAAGCAGCUCAAAAGCGCUGCCUGGAUCGAUGAGACCUCCUCAAGCAGCGUUCAAGAAGGCUCUGUGCGUGCAGGAGAACCCUUGUUUCUCGUGCGUAAGGGAGGGCUGGAUGAACAUUUAAUUGCGGAAACUUGUUGCUGCUGAACAGAGGAAUCGUUCCUUCGCUGCAAUGAAGCAAGCAGCAGUGGAGAAAAAAAAAAAAACCACGUUCUGGCUGUCUUUCAGGGUUGGAAAUGCAAUGGUUUGAACCUGUCUCUUGAUUCUGUGGAGGCUAAUUUUACGGCACAACCUUUAACGCUGACUGGAUUGAACUACAGUCAGUUUUUUGCUUGCUAGAAGGGUGUAGCAUCACCACAAGCAAUCUCUCUUGUGGAAGACUCUAAUCAAACUGCCUUCUGCUGUCUGUAUUUUGUCCAUUUGAUCUGUUCAUUCCUACAAAACUUUUCCAAUAUUUGCAUUAAACACCCCUCCCUUGGUGUGGUAAGUCUC